UAGCCGGAUCUGUGAAGUGCCUGCAGUAUUUUAACAGCUGGCUUCUCCUUCCACAGAAAACAUCUUUUCAUCGGUCCCAGACGCUGGGCUACAAAAAUGGAUUUGCUUUUUCUCGGCUGCCAACAGUGGGGAUCGGCGGGGAGCGACUGUACGUGAAUCAGCUUUCUCAAGCUGAGUUAGAUGAAUUAUCCAACAGGGGACCCACGCUGACCUAUGGGCCAGCCAAGAGAGCUCCACCUUUGGGCUUCAUUCCAGCACACGUGGCUUUUGACAAAAAGAUUCUGAAGUUUGAUGCCUAUUUCCAGGAAGACGUUCCUUUCUCCGCAGAAGAGCAUUACCGGAUCCGCCAAGUGGUCAUCUAUUACUAUUUGGAAGAUGACACCAUGUGUGUCAUAGAACCUGUUGUGCAGAACUCUGGUCUUUUUCAAGGCAAACUUGUCAAACGCCACCGGAUGCCCAAGAAUAACCGUGGGGAUCAUUAUCACUGGAAAGAACUGAAUCGGGGCAUGAACAUCACCAUGUACGGCAGGACAUACCGUAUAGUCGACUGCGACCCGUUCACACAG